AUGCCACCGCCUCGGUCCCACUUUCAUUUAUUUUUCAUUCUUAUAAGUAAAAACCCCAAGAGGGCUUCCAGCAGAGGCUUUGAAGCCCUCAGGCAGGGCCAGCAGGUUUGUUCCCUAGGCACGCCCCGGGUCAGGACUUCAUUUCCCAGAAUUCCUAGCUUUCCUAACGUACUCGGGCUCCGAGUGCCUGUGUGCGGGAGCGUAGGAAAGCGCGUGCGUGCGUGGGCGUGCUGGUGGAGGUGCAUUCUUCAGAGCCCGGGCUGGGAGGCAGCGCGGCUCUCUCCCCCGCAGUUACCGGCGUCUUGCGCGGCACCUGCAAUCCAAGGCAGGUUGCAAGCGCAGACCCGGCCUGCCCCACCCUCAUCCCCCAGGCUUCGGCUGCUGCCGCCUCUGCCGCCACUGGUCCCCCGGACCACGGACUUUUUCUGCCCCGCACUCUCCGCCUGGCCCUCGGCGUGUCCUGAAGGGAGCGGCCCAGCCCCCAGGGAAUUUCCACUGCAAGUAGAGAGACCCCGAAGGGGCGUGGGUGCCUGUGUCUGGGAACGGUGUGGAUACGAGGGUGGCUGGCGGCUUGGGGAUCAGCUCACUUUUUGGGCGCGCUUUCUAGUGAUCCGGGUGCAUCCGCCCCCAAGGCUGUCAGCGUUUCCCAUCGCCGCCUUCCAGUGCGCACCCGGCCCUGAGCGCUGCCUCACUCAAACUUUCCUUAAUGCGUUUUAUUUGGGGAGUACCAGGCGGAAAAUGUCACAUGGGAACUGGAGGGGCAGGCAGGCGAGUGGACAGCGAAGGAGAAAGGCCAUAGCAGAGAGCUGGAUCAGCAGAGGAGAAGCCAAGGCUCAAACUGGCACCCAUAUACGAUGUUGGCACUGCAGGUGGCAGCUUUACCCACUACACCAAAGUGCCAGCCAUGCUAGCCUCAUUUCUGAUGAAGAAUUCUCAUCUGCCUCAGAGGAUGGAAUUACAGAUACACAGAGUCUGAUGAAAAACCUGUGAAUGAGACAGAAAGAGAAAACAGCCAGCCACCAAACAAGAAUGAAGACUCUCAAGAAAUCAACCCUACUGACAUCUUGAUCUUGCACUUCUGUUCUCCAAAAUUGUGAGAAAAUCAAUUUCUGUUGUUGAAAUUACCCAGGCUGUGGUACUUCACUGGGGAAGUUUUAACAAACUAACAUAGCCGAGCAUCUUCAGAGCAGGAGACAGCAUGCACAACCAUGACAAAAUUAUUUUCCUUUAGUUUCUGUGAAAUGAGAAGUAGGUAGCCAUGGCUCAGAGGAGCUCUCUGCUAGAAGUUGUUCACCACGAUAUGUCCUCCCAGUCUCUGCUCCAAGGUACUGACACUGAAAAGAUGGAUUGACAUUGAAGGACUUUUCUGAAAUGAAUUGUUAGGAUGAAUUUUGACAGCUCAAUCCACUUAAAUUUGCUCCUGUAAUGCAGCUUAGGAAGAGGAGAUUAUUUUUGGUUCAUUUUUCUUUGUUAAUUCUCAAAAGAUUGAGCUAAGCAUUUUGAAAAACAAGUAAAAUGGCCAGGUUUACAGCCAAAGCAAAACAUCCAGUGACUUAGAAUGAAUGAAGAGAUCUUUUUUUCCUUAAAAUUCAUGGUGAGGUGUGACACAAAUGUUUCUUCAAAAUGCUGGAUAUUAUCUUUCAUGACAAUUUUCAUUGCAAAUGUUUUAAUUAAAAUUAAAAACUUUCCUUUUUUAAUGUAUUAUAAUAGUCUAUUUUUCAUCAGCCUUUCGAAUAUCUUCUUGUCUAUGUAAUACUGAUCCUACUGAAAAGCUCAUUUCUACUCACAGUAAUCAUAAUAUAUUUAAUUUCAUAAAAAUCAAACAAGUUUUUAGUUUUGUCUUUCAAAUUACCAUUGCAUGUGUUUUUCUUUAAUAUCCUAAUGUGAACCAGUUCUGUCACUGUGAACUCAUGGCCAUCUUGGUUGAGUGCUCAUUAUGAGGUAAUGACUCCAUCAAACUUCUGUAAGCUGUGCUGACAGCCAUCAUACCCACAUGUUUCAGAGACAUCUCAGACCUGCAUUAAAGUAACUCUUUCCAGGUAA